AUGGAGGGUGACAUCCAGACGCAUGAGGUUGGUGCUGAUCAAAAGCCUCUUGCUCAUCCGGGGAGCUAUCUUCUUCCUGCGUUGUUCAAGAAGAUGUUGUUCUUGUUCAUUCCACAGAUUGCGAGGCAAGCGAAGAAGGGAGAGGAUCAAAAGAAGAGUUUGGAGGACCAAGCAAACAGUGUUGAUGGGCCGUCCAAGGCGGAGGAGUUUUGGGAGAUUAAGAUGGCUUGGGUUGAGAUGAGGAUGGGAAGUGGCCUCCCAAGUAUAUCACUGCUACUGGGAUUCAUGUCGAAGAAGAAUCGAGGUUUGAGCCUUGCUAUUCAUGUGGACCGGUGGAAGACUUCUGGGAGCGGAGGGUCUUCGACUGCGGUUGAUCGACGGCACUGCUGGUUCAACGGUUGGGACGAUACGGAGAUGGCUUUUGGACGGAUUACACACUCGAGUUCGACCGACAAGAUCUCGACAUUGAAGAGCCAAGUUGAAGCCUGCAAACUCGGUAUCGAUGAGAACCAACACUCACUCCUGGCGGUUCCUAGUCCAAAGAAUAUGACGGAGACGUCUGCACUCUCGUGGCUUCUGACCAACAAUGUCUCUCAGUAUCCGGGAGUCUUGGGACUGGUUGUUGAAAGAACUACACUGACGCAGGCUUCGCUAUUCUUUGGCUCUCCUAGAAUGACACUAGAGGGCAAAAUCGACACCAGAAAUAGGACGACAGUCUCGACGUCGACUAUGACACAUGACUCGGCCUUGUAUCUCGUCGAGGAGAUUGCCGACACGGAGGGUUAUCACGCCAUCUUUGACGCAUUCGAGCACCUCCCCAAGGACAUGGAGAACAGGUCUUUUGGAUUGCAGAACAAAAAGUACAGGGAACUGGCCAUGCCAGCCUCGAUUUACAACUGGGAAAUGGGCUUCCAUGUCGUGUCUCUAUUAAUGGAACGACUUCUCGCCACACAGCAAUUAGACCUCGCUAUCGAAGUCUCUCGUCUCGUCUUUGACCCAUCACGAGACGACGUGGAAACCGACAACAAUAGCAGCAGACACCCCCAAAUCACUCUCCAACCUCGACCGAAGCUGGCGUUUUAUCCCCUUUAA